AUGUCUCAUCGUAAAUUUUCGGCUCCACGACAUGGGUCGAUGGGUUUUACACCAAAGAAACGGUCGAAACGCCAUCGUGGAAAAGUUAAGGCCUUCCCCAAAGAUGAUCCCUCGAAACCGAUUCAUUUGACUGCAUUUAUGGGUUUUAAGGCUGGCAUGACUCAUAUUGUUCGUGAGGUUGACAAGCCAGGAUCAAAGGUUAAUAAAAAGGAAGUUGUCGAGGCGGUGACUGUUUUGGAAACUCCUCCGAUGAUUAUCGUUGGUGUAGUGGGAUACAUCGAUACGCCGCGCGGUCCACGACAAUUCAAGACAGUAUGGGCUGAACAUCUGUCAGAGGAUUGUCGACGAAGGUUCUACAAAAAUUGGAAUUCAUCGAAAAAGAAGGCAUUCCAAAAGCAUGCAAAGAAAUGGCAAGAUGAGGAUGGCAUGAAAUCGAUACAAGCUGAUUUGGCCAAGAUGAAGAAAUAUUGUUCGAUAAUUCGUGUCAUUGCACACACACAGGCUCAUAUUAUGGAAAUACAAGUAAAUGGUGGUACAAUCCCCGAAAAAGUUGACUGGGCUUAUGAACAUUUUGAAAAACAGGUGCCAGUGGAUUCGAUAUUCGCGCAAGAUGAAAUGAUCGAUGUUAUUGGUGUUACCAAGGGAAAAGGUUUCAAAGGUGUUACAAGCCGUUGGCAUACAAAAAAGCUCCCACGCAAAACACAUAAAGGUCUUCGAAAGGUAGCUUGUAUCGGAGCUUGGCAUCCAUCUCGUGUACAGUUUACGGUAGCUCGUGCUGGUCAGAAAGGUUAUCAUCAUCGUACAGAAGUGAACAAGAAGAUCUAUCGGAUAGGAAAAUCUUGUCUUACUGAGGAGGGCAAAAAAAACGGUGGUACGGACUAUGAUAUCACGGAGAAGAGCAUUAAUCCUAUGGGAGGCUUUCCGCACUACGGUCUGGUGAAUCAGGAUUUCAUCUUGAUUCGAGGCUGUUGUAUGGGCUCGAAAAAAAGACCUAUAACAUUAAGGAAAUCUCUAAUUGCGCAAACGAAACGUGUCGCUUAUGAAAAAAUCAACCUGAAAUGGAUCGACACCAGCUCCAAGUUUGGUCAUGGGCGAUUCCAGACACAUGCAGAAAAGAAGGCAUUCAUGGGCAAAUUGAAGAAAGAUUUUGUUGCUGCUUGA